CUUAGGCCCUGUCUGCAGCUAACCUUCAGCAACCCUGCAAGCAGCGCUCUCCAACCAAACCCACAAAUUACUGGCGUAGUCGGGUCCACCCCCACCCACACUGAAGGCACCCAACCAGCACCUCCAACCUCCACCCUUCACUCCAGGCUGGUUUGACCUGAGUAGACCGGGCGAAGAGAGGGUGCCGCGGCGGAAAGGUGGUAAAUAAGGGGGUUAGAUUCCAGCGUCCCGAGCAGCAGGGUGUUCCCGAUCCCGGAAACAGGAGGAAGAAAAGAGAAAAAAAAAAAAGAACGCGUGGACUUCGUAGUUUGAACCCAAAAUGAGCUCUACGUAUACGGUCAGUUUGAACGGCCCCGCUCCUUGGGGCUUCAGGCUACAGGGAGGCAAGGAUUUCAACAUGCCACUGACCAUUUCCAGGAUAACUCCCGGGAGCAAAGCAGCAGGAGGCAGUCUAACUCAGGGAGACAUCAUCACUGCCAUCGACGGCGUCAGCACCGAGGGAAUGACCCACCUGGAAGCACAGAACAAGAUUAAAGCUGCUACGAGUAAACUCACACUCACAAUGGUCAAAUCACGACGCCCUGCACCAGUACCCACAGCAACACCCAGAAUGGACUCCCCCAUGCCAGUCAUCCCCCACCAGAAGGUCAUCGCAAACACAGCCGCAAAUGUGGAGUACACCCCCAGCUUCAACCCCAUCGCCCUGAAAGACUCCGCCCUGUCCACUCACAAGCCCAUCGAGGUGAGGGGUCCCGGGGGUAAAGCCACCAUCGUCCACGCCCAGUACAACACCCCCAUCAGCAUGUACUCACAAGACGCCAUCAUGGACGCCAUCGCCGGACAGUCACAGGCCAAAGGUCACGAGAACGAGGAACCAGCUGGCUCUCCCUUGGCUGCGCUGCCCAUUAAAGACCCUGUGGUAGACUGUGCCUCGCCCGUGUACCAGGCCGUGAUCAGACCAUCCGAAACCCCCCAGGACAUGAGCGAAUGGGCCCGCAGAGCAGCCAACCUCCAGAGCAAGAGCUUCAGGAUCCUGGCACACAUCACCGGCACCGAAUACCUGCAAGAUCCAGAUGAGGAGGCUCUGCAGAGGUCGAGAGAGAAGUUCGAGUCUGAGGUGAAGGGGCCACGCUUUGCCAAACUGAAGAACUGGCACCAAGGUCUGUCAUCACAGAUCCUCAACGUCCAGGAGUAGAACCAGCAACCGCCAACCACACCACAACACAACACACCAACACGAGUACACAAAACACACAGAAGAAGAAGGCGAGAAGACCGCCAUGGACAUAACGGUGGAGAAUUAUUUAAAAAUGUUUAAAUUAUGGAGAAAAAUGAGGAGGAAGGAGACUUGUGAAUGUGACGUAGUUUAGCGUAGUAGGAUGUAAGACUUUAACCGUUAGCGUGAGAAUGCUAAGUGUAAGCUCCAUAUUUACUGUAUUUGUCUGCUGCUAAGAUCUGAUUUUGCAUUUGGGUUUUAAUCUCUCUGUUUUUGUUUGUUUGUUAGUGUCCGUCUUUCUCGAAUUGAAGAGAAAUUGUACAAAAAUAAGUGAAAUAAAAGUGGCAAUGAGCAGUUCUUUUAUGCCCCCAGUAACAGUGUUAUAUUAGCCUACUCAUGAUGUAGACUGCUGGCAUGCUUUAACAAGGCACAAAAGGAUGAAUAUGUAAAAAAUGCACUCAGAAUGUACUAAUAUCAAUGUGAAUAAAUGUAAAUUAUUAAAAACUAAAAAACUGCAAA